GCUUGUAGACGGAAGUGUCUCCCGACUGGCCCAGCUGUCAUCUAGAAGAGAAGAGACCAUUUACACCGGCCGCAUAGGAAAUGCUGAAAAAGGAAAAACGCUAAAAUAUGGCAACAUCAAAACGAUAAGGUCAUGUCGCCGAACUGAAGGUAGCUAUGCCCGACGUGUCACCAAACACGCUUAUCGACGCAAGGAGCUGCAGUAUUUGGGUUAAAAGCUGAUGACAGGGAUCGGCAGGCUGUGUGACAUUGAACAUACAGGACACGAAACAGACGAGGUCGUUUAAAGAGCCACACACCGUGGACAACUUGUCACGUCCUGAGAAUUUGAUCCGUCGUGCUGUCGUGAGUUGACGCGGCCGUGAACGUUAACGACAUUUCAGGGGACGUUGUAGCCGCUGGGUGCGUUUGUUUUUCACUCCGGCACGGAGAAAAAAUGCUACACGGUCGCUGCUGCGGUUAUCAAGCUAUUAUCCUAGCCUAGCGGCUCGGUGCAGGGAACUACCCCAGACCCAGAGCAGACGUCAUCAACAUACUCUGUAUUUAAAUGGUCGCGUACGAGGAGGUCAUCGCUGGAAAAAAACGACGAUUACUCGGAUAAAAAAGACGGUGAAAGCCAAAAGUCAACUGAAGAUCACUGGGUGUCCUAAAUGGGGGACUACGGGUUUGGAGUUCUGGUGAAGAACAGCAGUGGUAACAAAUCUGCCUUCCCCUUGCGGAUCCCUCCUCACCUCCAACCCCAGCACCCACACCACCCUUCCAACCCCCCCAGCCCCCCUUCCUUCGUAAACAACACCUGCUCCACCAAUGGGGGCAGCGCUUGGCUGUUCCCCGCCGUAGCCCCGCACAGUAACAUGCAAGAUGAGAUUCUGGAGUCAGACAAGUCCAAGGCCUUGGACCUCCAGGACAUGCAGGAGAAGUCUCAGGUCCAGACCCAGCCCCAGGCCUUGUCUCCGGGCCAGCAGGAUGCCGGGGUAGGCCUAGGAGAGCUUGAGGGUGCGCUCCCUGAGGACGGUUCGCUGGAGAAGGGUUCUUUGGAGAGCAGCAGUGGCAAAGAGAAGCUGAGGAUGGAGUCCCCAGUGCUAAGUGGGUUUGACUACCAGGACAGCCUGGGAAUGGGUACAAGCAUUGCACAGUCCACCUCUUCAUCUUCACUGACCAGCUUUAACAACUGGUCCCCUGCUGUCCCAUCCACCCAGUCUCCAGUGGUCGGAGAAGAUGUAGGAGGGUUCUUUGGCCCGGCUGGCUCCAACGCCAACGGACCUCCCCUGCUGUUCCAGAACUUCUCCCACCACGCAGGACCUGGCUUUGGUGCGGGGGGGAGUUUCUCCCCGCAGAUUGGGCCAGUCUCUCAGCACCACGCGCCCACACCUCAUCCCCAACACUACCACCCCCAUGGUCAGGGGGUCCCACAGCAGCACCGACGCUCCCCAGCUAGCCCUCAUCCACCUCAGCCUUCUUUCCCUCCGCACCCCCACCGCACCGGACCAUUCACCCAGCUUCCCCACCUCACUACUGCCCAGAAUAAACCCCCCUCUCCUUGGGGAAGCUACCAGAGUCCCUCCACUCCCACGUCCACCUCCUGGAGCCCUGGUGGGUAUGGUGGCUGGGGAGGCACACAGGGGGUGCGAGAGUAUCGGCGGGGGGUAGGUGGAGGUAUGUCGGGCCUUAACUCCAUCUCCCCGCUGAAGAAGUCCUUCCCUAACAACCAGGUUCCCUCUCAGAAGUUCCCCAGAAAUAGUUCUGGCUUCAAUCACAAGGGCUGGGUGGAGGACACUAUGAGCCGCAGUGACAGCAUCUACCCUUUCCAGCAGGAGAGAACACGGUCUUUUGAUGGUUUCAGUAUGCACUCUCUAGAGAACUCGCUGAUUGACAUUAUGAGGGCUGAGCAGGAUUCCUUGAAAGGGCGUUACAGCUUCUCUCACCAGGGUGGAGAUGGGCCUCUACCUAUGAAUGCGAGAAGUUAUGGCAGAAGACGAGGUCAUUCCUCUCUGUUCCCCAUGGAGGAUGAACGCUCUUUUGGAGAGGACGAGUCAGGUGACCAGGGGCUUCCUGGCCUUGGCUCAGCCCACUGUUUCCCCCACCUCAAUGGUGAACGCGUGGAACGAUAUUCUCGCAAGGUGUUUGUUGGAGGUCUGCCCCCAGACAUAGAUGAAGAUGAAAUCACUGCCAGUUUCCGUCGGUUUGGUCAUUUGUUUGUAGACUGGCCCCACAAGGCAGAGAGCAAGUCCUAUUUUCCACCAAAAGGAUACGCAUUUUUGCUGUUCCAAGAUGAGAGCUCUGUUCAGGCUCUGAUUGACGCCUGCAUUCAAGAGGAUAGUAAACUCUACCUGUGUGUCUCUAGCCCCACCAUCAAAGACAAGCCUGUCCAGAUCCGACCCUGGAACCUAAAUGACAGUGAUUUCGUUAUGGAUGGCUCUCAGCCAUUGGAUCCGAGGAAGACCAUCUUUGUAGGAGGUGUCCCUCGCCCCCUUCGUGCAGUGGAGCUUGCCAUGAUUAUGGACCGUCUGUAUGGGGGAGUGUGUUACGCUGGGAUCGAUACAGACCCUGAACUCAAGUAUCCAAAAGGGGCGGGAAGAGUGGCCUUCUCCAAUCAGCAAAGCUACAUUGCAGCCAUUAGUGCCCGAUUUGUUCAACUGCAGCACGGGGAGAUUGAUAAACGGGUGGAAGUGAAGCCAUAUGUCCUGGACGACCAGCUGUGUGACGAGUGCCAGGGCACCCGCUGUGGGGGGAAGUUUGCUCCUUUCUUUUGCGCCAACGUGACCUGUCUGCAGUACUACUGUGAGUACUGCUGGGCAGCCAUCCACUCCCGGGCCGGCCGCGAGUUCCACAAGCCGCUGGUGAAGGAGGGAGGGGACCGACCACGACACAUCUCUUUCCGUUGGAACUGA